GAAAGAGGUAGCGGCAAUUCCUAGAGAGAGAGAAAGAGAUUGGUGAAGAAGAUAACAAGCUCUGUUCACAGAGAAACACAACUCUCUCUCUCUAGUUUGAGUUUUGAAUUUGAGAAGGGUGCAAAUGAAUUGGAUUUGAUGACCUCAACUUUGUUCAGCUUCUCCUCUUGUUUUGAUGAUGUUGUCGAGAAUGGAAGCUGGUAAGAAGAGUGGUGGAGGGGGUUCUGGUAGUCAGAAGAAGUUGUUAAAGGAUGUUGAAACCAUAAACAAAGCUUUGUUCUUGGACAGAAACUUUACAAGGAAUUCAACAUCUAGUUCAAAUUUUCGAUCUAAAUCCGCUGGGAAACCCCAGUUACCUGAUCCCAAAUCAAGGUCUAAAGCUAGUACUAAUAAUAAUGGUGAUGAUAGCUUUCAGAAGGAUAAGAAAUCCAUAUGGAAUUGGAGGCCCUUAAAGGCCCUUUCUCAUAUCCGCAAUAAGAGGUUCAAUUGUAGUUUUUAUCUCCAAGUCCAUUUGAUUGAAGGGUUGCCUUCCACUUUUGAUGAUGCUAGCCUUGCUGUGUUUUGGAAGAGGCGCGACGGGGUCCUUGUGACCCAACCGGCAAAGGUGACUCAAUGUGUAGCUGAAUUUGAAGAGAAGUUGACGUACACUUGCUCGGUCUAUGGCAGUAGGAGUGGACCUCACCAUUCUGCAAAGUAUGAAGCAAAGCAUUUUUUGCUCUAUGCUUCUCUUCUCAGUGCGCCGGAACUUGAUUUGGGGAAGCACCGGGUAGAUCUCACAAGGUUGCUUCCUCUCACUCUAGAGGAGCUUGAGGAGGAGAAGAGCUCAGGGAAAUGGACUACUAGUUUUAGAUUAACAGGAAUGGCCAAGGGCGCUGUGAUGAAUGUCAGUUUUGGGUAUACGGUGGUUGGUGAUAACACUAAUGCUACUAGAGAUAGCCAUAAUGCUCCUAAUGUAUUGACUUCAAGACAGAAUAGUCUUGCUUUGACGAGGACAGAAGUUAAAUCCAGACAGUUUGAUGGAAGCAGCAGCAUGAGACGUGUUGGAAGUUUACAAGGCUUUCCUAGUCAGUACUCAUCUCAAGCUCCAGAUGAGGUAAAGGAUCUUCAUGAGGUACUGCCAUUGUCUAAGUCAGCACUCGCCAGCUCAAUUGACACCUUAUAUAAGAAAUUUGAGGAAGAAAAGACAUGUAGUCUUCAACACGAUGAACCAGAACUUGAUGUGUUCAAAGAAAAUCUUGGGCCAAUCAAACAAGAUGCCUAUGCUUCAUCUGAUCUUGGAAAAGAAAAGCCCGAAGAGCAUGUGAUUGACGAUGGAAAAACAUGUUCAGUGCAUGACAAACCUGAAAUCAAUGUAUUUCAAGAAAACCUGGAGACAGGUCCACCGGAUGGCUCCCCUUUACCUGAUUCUGGAAAAGAGAACCCUGAACUGUGUCAAGGUAAUGAAUUUUUUGUUGUUGAUAAGGGCAUUGAACUGUCACCAAAUGAACCCGUUAAACUAGAGGAAUCUGACAUAACUGGUCCUGAGGACGCUUCUAAAGUUGAUACCACCUGUACCCUUGGUAUAUCAGAUAUACAAGUAUCUUCUGAUGACAGUGUUAAAUGUGAUUUUCUGGAUGAGGCAAAUGAUAGUUCUACGGAUCAGGCUGUGGCAGAGGAGUUUACUAGCAAAGAGGAGGGCUUUGACACUCAUGAGCUGCUCCUACAAGAACUUGAAUCUGCUUUAAAUAGUGUCUCAAAUUUGGAGAAAGUGGCACUGGAAUCUCCCAAAACUACAGAAGCAAAAUCUGAAUAUAAGAUGAAAAAGUCAUAUAGUUUGGACGAUGUUACAGAAUCAGUUGCCAGUGAAUUUUUAAGCAUGUUAGGCAUAGAUCAUAGUCCAAUGGGCUUAAGUUCUGAAAGCGAGCCAGAGUCUCCAAGAGAGCUCCUUUUAAGACAAUUUGAGAAGGAGGCUCUGGAUGGGGGUUUUUCUUUGUUUGAUUUUAACGCAGACUAUGAUAAUGAAGGAGAUGACGACUAUGGUGCUUCUACUGCAUCUGAGCAGUGGAACUUCUCUGAAGGUGUUAGGUCAUCAUCCUUUUUGCAAGAUCUGCAGGAGGAGCAUCUAGUUGAGUCUCAGGACUUGAGGAGCAAACAGAGGGCUCAGAUACUAGAAGACUUGGAGACAGAAGCCUUGAUGCGUGAAUGGGGCUUGAACGAGGAGGCUUUUCAUCAUUCUCCUCCCAAAGAUUGUGCUGGUUUUGGAAGUCCGAUUCAUAUGUCACCUGAAGAGCCUCCUACAUUGCCUCCUCUUGCUGAGGGAUUGGGCCCUUUUCUUCAGACAAAAGAUGGUGGUUUUGUACGGUCUAUGAAUCCCUCACUUUUCAAGAACAGUAAAAGUGGUGGGAGCUUAAUCAUGCAGGUAUCCAACCCUGUUGUGGUACCUGCAGAAAUGGGUUCUGGAAUCAUGGAGAUUAUGCAGUGUUUGGCUUCAGUGGGAAUUGAAAAGCUCUCAAUGCAGGCCAAGGAGUUGAUGCCCCUGGAAGAUAUCACAGGGAAGACAAUGCAACAAGUAGCAUGGGAAGCUAUGCCUGUCUUAGAGGGAACUGAGAGGCAAUGCCAUUUGCAGCAUGAUUCAAUGACAGGGAAAGAUAUUGCUUGUCUGCAAAGGGACUUGAAAGGAACACCAUCUGCGACAAAGUCUGGUAAGCUUAGUUCAAGUUCGGUGGCCAACCAAACAGGCUCAGAGUUUGUCUCAUUGGAAGGUCUUGCUCCAUUGGCUAUGGAUAAAAUUGAAGCACUUUCAAUGGAGGGUUUGAGAAUACAAUCUGGGAUGUCAGAAGAGGAAGCACCUUCAAACAUCAUUGCUCAAUCCAUUGGGGAUAUUUCAGCUCUCCAGGGCAAGGGGUUUGAUGAUAGUGGGACCCUUGGCCUGGAUGGAGCUGCUGGUUUGCAAUUGAUGGACGUAAAAGACAGUGGUGAUGGUGUUGAUGGGAUAAUGAGCCUAUCAUUAACUCUUGAUGAAUGGAUGAAGCUGGAUUCUGGUGAGAUUGAUGAUAUAGAUAAUAUUAGUGAGCAUACGUCCAAACUUCUUGCAGCCCAUCAUGCUAAUUCUUUUGACUUCAUUCGUGGGAGUUCAAAGGGAGAGAGGAAACGGGGCAAAAGCAGAAAAUGCGGUUUGCUAGGAAACAAUUUCACCGUGGCAUUAAUGGUGCAACUCCGUGAUCCUCUGAGAAAUUAUGAGCCGGUUGGAACUCCAAUGCUUGCUCUCAUACAAGUUGAGAGAGAGUUCAUUCUCCCAAAGCAGAAAAUUUACAGCAGUGUGUCUGAGAUCAGAAACAACAACAAUGAGGAUGAUGAGAGCGAGAUAGUGGCAAAAGUGGAGAUCAAGGACACCAAUUUAGAGGAGAAAUUUUCUGAAGAGGAAGAGAGCAUUCCUCAGUUCAGAAUUACUGAAGUCCAUGUGGCAGGUCUGAAACCUGAGCCUCAAAAAAAGAAACUUUGGGGCAAUUCAAGCCAGCAACAAUCUGGUUCGCGCUGGUUGCUCGCUAAUGGAAUGGGAAGGAGCAAUAAUAAGCUUUCAUUAAUGAAGUCUAAGGCUUCAUCGAAAUCUGGUGGCCCAGUUACCACAAAGGUGCAACCUGGUGACACCUUGUGGAGCAUAUCAUCUCGAAUUUAUGGCACAAGAGCAAAAUGGAAGGAAUUGGCAGCACUAAAUCCUCAUAUAAGAAAUCCCAAUGUCAUUAUACCAAAUGACACUAUAAGGCUUAGUUGAAGUCCAUUGUUCAGAUUUUUAUUAUCUUUCGGAGUUGUUGAUUUCUAAACUCAUCUUCAAUCAGAAAUUUGUGCUGAAGGAUUGUUUGGUUGUUAGAGCAUCAAUGAAAUUGUACUGGUCCUUGAAUAAUUGCAAUUUGGAGAUACAACAUGAUGGAUUUUGUUGUGGGCACAUUUUUUCCUUAUGUAAACUCGCUUGUAACUUUUGCAUGCAUUUAUUGUAUUUUUGUCAUAUGGAACCUGUGCUUGUACAUUAACAUUGGGUAAAAUAUAUUGCAGUUCACAACCAGAAAUAGGUGGAGUAUUCUUGCACAAUGUUAAUUAAUAUUGCAAUUGCAAAUUUAAGCUGCACCCUUAUGGUCUUGUCCCUGUGAUUAAAAUGUUUGCUGG